CAAUAUACUAAUAGCUCAGCACCAAUUUAAAAAAUACAACAUGUCUCGUCGCACCACCAUUCCUGAGCAGCCGCCCCGACCGUCCUCACUAGGGAGCUGCAUCAUCUACGGCUGCGGAGCAGGACUGCUCGGCGUCGCCGCAAUGACCGUCGGAGAGAAAAUCGAGCAAUAUUUCACUGGUCGGCCAAAUUCAUAUGUACCUGGUCACACCCUAGAGCGCCUUCUCAGACUUCCCGUCAGGCCGGAUUCCGAGCGUUUCGGAUUGAACAUGGCGAUGCACUAUGGACAGGGAGCAGCUGCGGCAAUCAUUAGAGCGCUUAUGAGCGCAUAUGGCGUUCGCGGGCCAUUUGCAGAUUUUAUGUUUAUUUCUAUACGGCUGAUGAUUGAUCAAACCUUGGAGAAUGUGACUGGUGUUGGGGCACUUCCAUGGACCUGGCCUGUUAAUGAGCAAGUCAUUGAUAUUAUUCACAAGGGCGUCUUUGCGUUCGUGACGGGAUACUUUACGGAUAAGUGGCUACAAGGUUGACGGAGUAUGCGGGUUCGACGAUUGGGUGGUGUUUUGCAAGACAGCGAUUCUUGAGGAUGUACGCAGACCAGAUGGAAUCUGUAACUUCCAGCUACUAAUACCGACCGAUGAGUGGUGAAGAGCCCGGGUUGUAGUGGAUGAGAGACCGAAUUAGCAGCCUA